AUGGCGCUGCGGCCGGGAAGUGGAGCUGGCGGCGGCGGGGCCGCGGGAGCCGGCGCGGGGGCCGCCGGGGGAGGCAGCUUCAUGUUCCCAGUUGCCAGUGGAUUAAGACCCCCUCAAGGGCUGAUGCCGAUGCAGCAGCAAGGCUUUCCUGUGGUCUCAGUCAUGCAGCCUAACAUGCAAGGCAUGAUAGGGAUGAAUUACAGCUCUCAGAUGUCCCAGGGACCUAUUGCUAUGCAGGCAGGGAUCCCAAUGGGACCAAUACCAGCGGGAGGAAUGCCUUACCUGGGGCAAGCACCAUUCCUGGGAAUGCGUCCUCCAGGCCCACAGUACACUCCAGACAUGCAGAAGCAGUUUGCCGAAGAGCAGCAAAAACGAUUUGAACAGCAGCAAAAGCUCUUAGAAGAAGAAAGAAAACGACGCCAGUUUGAAGAGCAGAAGCAAAAGCUCAGACUUCUGAGUAGCGUGAAACCCAAGACAGGAGAGAAGAGUAGAGAUGACGCUUUGGAAGCCAUAAAAGGAAACUUAGAUGGGUUUUCCAGAGAUGCUAAAAUGCACCCUACUCCAGCAUCACACCCUAAGAAACCAGAUUAUCCCACAUCAUCUCAUUCUACUAAAACUGUCUCCCCGUCACCUGCCUUUCUUGAUGAAGAAGCGUUCAGUGACUUUAUGCAGGGACCUCUGGAAGCUCCCACAUGUGGGCCUCCCUCCACUCCCCAGCCUUUCCAGCCUUUCCGCCCCACCACCCCGUUUGGCCAGGUGCAUGUACGGAAGGCUGGCGCUCGGCCUCUCCCUCCAGCUCAGAGUCCGCUGUCUGGCGCCCUACAUGGCGUCCCCGGGCAGAUCCCUUGCCUCUUUACCACUUCGGCCUCUCACAGUGUGCAGGAAACAGGCUCUUCCUUGGAGGAGAAGCUCCUAGUAUCUUGUGACUUAAGUACAUCUGGGCAGGAACAGAUUAAAUUAAAUACCUCUGAAGUUGGGCACAAAGCCCUAGGCCGAGGUUCCAGAAAGAACCAUCCCAGGUUAAUGGCCAGUAAUGGGGGUGCUGUAGAAGGACGUGUAAGUGGUACCACUACCGCAGAGGCAGAAAAGACUUCAGACCAAAACCUGUCCAUUGAAGAGAGUGGUGUAGGAGUAUUUCCCUCACAGGAUCCUGUUCAGCCCAGAAUGCCUCCUUGGAUUUACAAUGAGAGUUUGGUUCCAGAUGCCUAUAAGAAAAUUUUAGAAACCACAAUGACUCCAACUGGAAUAGACACUGCUAAACUUUAUCCCAUCCUGAUGUCAUCUGGACUUCCCAGGGAGACUCUUGGACAGAUAUGGGCCUUAGCUAAUCGAACCACACCUGGAAAACUGACUAAAGAAGAACUUUAUACCGUUCUUGCCAUGAUAGCAGUAACACAGAGGGGUGUUCCUGCCAUGAGUCCCGAUGCUUUAAAUCAGUUUCCAGCGGCUCCUGUGCCAACGUUAAGUGGCUUUCCUGUGACUUUGCCAGCUGCUGUGAGUCAGCCCACAGGGAUGCCGUCCGGCCCUGCAGGGCCCAUGCCCCUCACCCUCGGCCAGCCAGUCAUGGGCAUUAACCUUGUUGGGCCAGUCGGGGGAGCUGCAGCCCAGACUUCCAGCGGCUUCAUGUCCCCUUACCCUGCAAAUCAGGUGGUCAAACCAGAAGAUGACGAUUUUCAGGAUUUUCAAGAUGCUUCCAAGUCGGGGUCACUUGAUGACUCAUUCAGUGAUUUCCAAGAGUUGCCGGCUUCUUCAAAAUCAAGUAAUUCUCAGCAUGGAAACAGUGCCCCUUCUUUGUUGAUGCCUCUUCCUGGAACUAAAGCAUCAGCUUCAACGGAUAAAUACGCUGUAUUUAAAGGAAUUGCAGCUGACAAGUCCUCUGAAAGUACUGUUCCCUUUGGAGAGCCUGGUGAUAAAUACAGUGCUUUCAGAGAGCUCGAACAGACAGCAGAGAGUAAAUCUUUGGGAGAAAACUUUGCAGAAUUCAGAUCUGCAGGGGCCGACGAUGGCUUCACUGAUUUUAAAACCGCCGAUAGUAUCUCACCACUAGAGCCACCAGCAAAAGACAAGCCUUUUCCAGCCACCUUCCCCUCAGGAGCUACCCAGCAGAAACCACAAACACAAGUGAAAAAUCCUCUGAACUUAGCAGAUCUAGAUAUGUUUUCCUCAGUUACUUGCAGCAGUGAGAAACCGUUGUCCUUUUCAGCUGCAUUCAGCGGAUCCAAAUCCGUUUCCACACGACCCCAGCCAACAGGGUCUGCAGCACCCAGUACAGCAUUGGUGUCAACUAAGACUGCUGGUUUGGCUGAUGAUUUUGGAGAAUUCAACCUUUUCGGGGAAUAUUCUAGUCCAGCCUCUGUCGGGGAACAGGAUGACUUUGCAGAUUUUAUGGCUUUCAGUAAUAGUUCUAUUUCAUCAGAGCAAAAGGCAGAUGACAAAUAUGAGGCGCUUAAAGAGGAAGCUAGUCCUGGUCCUCUGACCAGCAGCACAGGCAUCGCAGGGAAGAGUGGACAAAACUCUGCUGCCUCGUCCACGAAAUACGACGUCUUCAAACAGCUCUCUCUGGAGGGAUCUGGACUAGGUGGUGAAGAGCUGAAAGACAGCACUUCUUCGGGCAAGAGCGAUGAUGAUUUUGCUGACUUCCACUCCAGUAAAUUUUCCUCCAUGAACUUGGACAAAUCCCUGGGAGAGAAAGCGGUGGCUUUCAGACACACCAAAGAAGACUCUGCUUCGGUGAAGUCCCUCGAUCUCCCUUCCAUCGGGGGCAGCAGUGUCGGCAAGGAGGACUCAGAAGACGCACUCUCUGUUCAGUUUGACAUGAAACUGGCUGAUGUGGGAGGAGAGCUUAAGCAUGUCAUGUCUGAUAGCUCUUUGGAUUUACCGACAGUUAGUGGCCAGCAUCCUCCUGCUGCAGAUAUAGAGGACUUAAAAUAUGCUGCUUUUGGAACCUACAGUAGCAAUUUUGCAGUGAGCACACUUACGAGCUAUGACUGGUCAGACAGGGAUGAUGCCUCUCAGGGCAGAAAACUGUCCCCAUUUGUCCUCUCAGCAGGAAGCGGAGCCUCGUCAGCUGCCUCAGUUCUUCACAAGAAAGAGACUUCAUUCGGUAGUUCCGAAAACCUCACCGUGACAUCUCUCUCCAAAGUCACAACCUUCGCCAGCGAGGAUCCCCUUCCAGAGACCACCUUUCCAGCUUUCGCCAAUUUUAAGGACGUGAUCCCACAGGCCAGCGAGCCAAAGGAAUAUGAAAGCGGGGAUUUCAGGGAGUUCGCCAGACAAGACCUGCCUGUAGGCGAGCGGAGCCACGAGGCCGCGUGCCUGAGCCCGGCCUCCAGCAGCGCUUCUCACGACACCACCAAGGAGUGCGCAGAUGACUUCGGAGAGUUUCAGAGUGAGAAGCCCAAAAUCAGCAAAUUUGACUUUUUAGUGGCCAAUUCACAAGGCAAAAUGAAAUCCAGCGAAGAAAUGAUCAAAAGUGAGCUAGCAACCUUUGACCUUUCUGUUCAAGGAUCGCACAAGAGGAGCCUAAGCCUUGGUGAUAAAGAAAUAAGCCGCUCUUCUCCUUCUCCGGCUUUGGAGCAGCCUUUCAGGGACCGCUCCAACACGCUGAGCGAGAAGCCUGCCCUGCCCGUCAUCCGUGACAAGUACAAAGACCUGACGGGAGAGGUGGAGGAGAAUGAGAGGUAUGCCUAUGAAUGGCAGCGGUGUCUGGGGAGUGCUCUGGAGGUCAUUAAGAAGGCCAAUGAUACCUUAAAUGGAAUCAGUAGUAGCUCUGUAUGCACAGAAGUAAUUCAGUCAGCUCAAGGCAUGGAAUACUUAUUAGGUGUUGUGGAGGUGUACAGGGUAACGAAACGUGUGGAGCUGGGGAUAAAAGCCACUGCGGUGUGCAGCGAGAGACUCCAGCAGUUGCUAAAGGACAUCGAUAAAGUGUGGAAUAACCUAAUUGGCUUCAUGUCACUUGCCACACUCACGCCUGAUGAAAAUUCACUGGAUUUUUCCUCUUGUAUGCUCCGGCCUGGGAUUAAAAACGCUCAGGAGCUGGCUUGCGGGGUGUGCCUCUUGAACGUGGACUCCAGGAGCCGGAAAGAAGAGAAGCCUGCAGAAGAUCAUCCUAAAAAAGCGUUCAACUCGGAAACUGACAGCUUCAGGCUGGCGUACGGGGGACACCAGUAUCACGCCAGCUGUGCCAACUUCUGGAUCAACUGUGUGGAGCCCAAACCUCCCGGCCUGAUCCUGCCCGAUUUGCUCUGA